CCUCUCUCUCUUUCUCUCUCUCUGUUUGCCCAAAAUGUGCCAACAAACCACCAACAUGAAAUGCAACUCCCCAUCAAAAUCACCCCAAGAACCCGACAUCUUGACCAAGUUGAUCCCCAAACCCCAGCAAGAGCCAACCGCGGAGAAGGCCGUUAGAGAGGCCUUCUCCCUCGGCCGCAUCGCCUUCCCCAUGAUCCUCACGGGCCUCCUCCUCUACUCCCGCUCCAUGAUCUCAAUGCUCUUCUUAGGCCGCCUUGGCGACCUCGCCCUCGCUGGCGGCUCCCUCGCAGUAGGCUUCGCCAACAUCACCGGCUACUCAAUCCUUUCCGGCCUCGCUGUUGGCAUGGAGCCCAUCUGCGGCCAGGCCUUCGGCGCCAAGAAAUACACCCUCCUCGGCCUCGCCCUCCAGCGCACCGUCCUCCUCCUCCUCCUCGCCUCCCUCCCCAUUUCCCUCCUCUGGCUCAACAUGGACCGCAUCCUCCUCCUCUGCGGCCAAGACCCAUCCAUCGCGGCCCAGGCCCAGACCUACCUCCUCUACUCCAUACCCGAUUUAUUCGCGCAGUCGCUCCUCCACCCUCUCCGGAUUUAUCUACGGAGCCAGUCAAUCACCAUGCCAUUAACCUUAUGCGCCGCGGCCUCCGUCCUCCUCCACGUCCCCAUCAAUUACCUCUUAGUAACCAAGCUCAGCCUUGGCAUCCAAGGCGUAGCGCUAGGCUCCAUCUGGACUAACUUCAACGUUGUCGUUUCGCUCGUGAUAUAUUUAAUCAUCUCCAAGAGGUGCACAGAGACGUGGGGCGGCUUCACCAGGGAAUGCCUCACCGGAUGGAAAUCCCUCCUCAACUUAGCCAUUCCGAGCUGCAUUUCCGUCUGCUUGGAAUGGUGGUGGUACGAGAUCAUGAUCCUCCUCUGCGGCCUUCUCCUCAACCCCAAAGCGACCGUCGCAUCAAUGGGAAUUCUCAUCCAAACCACUUCAUUGAUCUACAUAUUCCCUUCCUCCCUCAGCUUCAGCGUCUCGACGAGAGUCGGGAACGAGGUAGGGGCCCGGAGGCCGGGCCGGGCCAAAUUCGCGGCUCUCACCGGGCUCUCCCUUAGCUUCUUAAUGGGAUUCUCGGCCCUCUUCUUUGCGGUGGCGGUGAGGAAGGUGUGGGCUCGUAUGUUCACGGACGACGAGGAGAUCAUCGCGCUGACGUCGCUGGUCCUCCCGAUAAUCGGGCUGUGUGAGCUGGGGAACUGCCCGCAGACGACGGGGUGCGGGGUGCUGAGGGGCACGGCCCGGCCCAAGGUGGGGGCGAAUAUCAACUUGGGAUGCUUCUAUCUGGUGGGGAUGCCGGUGGCGGUAGGAUUGGCUUUCUACUGCAAAAUGGAUUUUGAGGGCCUGUGGAUCGGGCUGUUGGCGGCCCAAGCUUCGUGUAUGAUCACAAUGAUGGUGGUGCUGCUCAGAACGGAUUGGGAAUUCGAGGCCCGGAGAGCGGAGGAGCUCACCGGAGAAUAUGAUGAUCAACAAUUUGAUCAUCAUCAUAAGCUAAUAUCGGAAAACCAACAAGAUUGUCUCUGUUGAUUUUUUUUUUUUCUUAAUUUCUUCUAGGAGUAUAGCUAGAUAUCGUAUGACUACAUAGAAUAAUUAAUUAUCACUGAUUUUUUUUUAUUUUUAUUUUUUGGUAUCAUACUAUUGGAUGGAGAAGAGGAAAGGGUAGUUUAGAUAUGAUAUUUUUCAGGUAAGGGUAAGGAUGUAACUUCGCGUUGCUUCUUAGUGGGAUUCAAUUAAUUUGACAACGAUGAUAAUUUUUUGAAUAUCACGAGGGAAAGCAAUGCACCGUACACUUAAUUUGUUAUAAGUAAGGUCUAUCUCCAUUCAUUUUUUUUUCCUAGUAAUAGUCAACAUAUUUUUUUUUACUUUA